AUGUCUGAGAUUCGAGGCAAUCGCAGCUCAAAGCGCAAGGGCCGCGAUGGCUCCGAUGAUGCAGCACCCCGCAAAAAGCAGCACCGCCCAGCUGCGACCACUCUGGACGACGAUUCUCAGUCCGAAGAUUACGGCAGCGCGAGCGAAAAGAUCACCUCAAGGUCGACCAGCAAAGCCAAGGGAAAAAGCGCGCCGCGCAACGAGAAGGAGUACCCUUCGAUCAAUGAGCUGAAGAAACGCAUUCGGGAUGUUAAGCGCCUUCUGAACAAAGGCACCUUGCCUGCAGAUGCUCGCAUUGUGCAAGAGCGAGCUCUAGCCGGCUACGAGCAGGAUCUCAUGGAUGAAAUAGCCCGACGAGAGCGGUCUUCCAUGAUCAAGAAGUACCACUUCGUCCGCUUUUUAGACCGCAAGACCGCAUCCAAGCAAUUGAGCCGACUUGAACGCCAUGAGAAAGACCAGGAUCUUGACCCAAAGCAAAAGGCUAAUCUUGUCCGCAAAAUUCAUGCUGCCCGCGUCGAUUACAACUACACGAUCUACUACCCCCUCACCGAAAAAUACAUCUCACUAUAUCCGAAGUCCAAGGACGAAGCCUCUAAUGAAGCAGAUGCCAUAUCCGGAUCUGAGUCCGAUUCCAAGGAGCAAAAGAAGACAACCGAUUCAAAGCCCGCUAUUUGGUCUGUUGUUGAGAAAUGUAUGAAAGAAGGAACUCUUGACCUCCUUCGGGAGGGCAAGCUGAACAUUGGUCCAGAUGGGAAACAAACCCAGAGCUCGAGCGACAACGCUGCCACAGACUCACUUCCGGCUGAGAAGAUGUCAAAGAAGGAAGGGAUGACCAAGAAAACCGUGACGUUUUCAGGGAAGGAUAGACGCGCUCCGCGGGAGGACAAGAGAGCUGACCAACCCGUCAAGCCAGCGCGGAAAGAUCACAAACAAGGACGACAAAAGACAUAUGAAGCUCCGGCACCGGAUGACGGGAAUGAAAGUGAUGGUGGGUUCUUUGAGUUUUAA